CUUUUUAUUUUCUUUUUCUCUCAGCUGAAUUUCACCAUGUGAAAUUGUGGAACCCGUUUUACAUCUUCGUUCGCUGUUGCUGAGGGGCACUCUGCUGCUGCGGACGAGCUUGGCGGUGUGGAAUUGAGAGUGCUGUGGGCGCUGGAAUGCGGAGCUACACGCAUCCUGUGCACUACGGGGCAGCUGCGGCCCUCUUCUCGGCAGCUCCCUUGCCCUCCACGCAACUCAGGGAAUCACUGCAGGGGAGUGCGUCAAUUGUGAACUGUUGUAGUCGAGUUGGUGAUCGCCUGGGAAUCCUUUAUAGAGUUGGGUUAGGUUUGCGUUGUGGUGUUAGCGUAAAGUCACGGAUUAGCGUCUCUCCGGUGUUGAUUGCCCGCUUGAGGCAUAGGACCAGGGGUUCUGGAUGUGCGGGAAGUGUCAGUGGUAAUUAUCACCAAGUUAGAGAAGCGGUAACUAUGCAAAGGUUACUCAUUGUGACGCAGAGGCGGACUCCUGUGGAUUCCAAGAUUGGCAGGCCGUGUUUAGUAUGUAGGUCUGGUGCCAGCAGCAGCAACAACAAUGAAGCAGAAGCUGGAGAUGACGAUUUUGACAAGAGAACCGAGCUUGAGGUGAGUCCGCCGCAGGAUGCAGUGCUGAAAGCGAUAUCUGAGAUUUCCAAGGCGGAGGGCAGGGUAGGGAAGACAACUAAUAUGAUCAUCGGAGGGACCGUGAAGGAAGAGUCAUUGGAGUCUGAGCUUCAGUGGAAUGCUAUUGAUCAGAAGGUGAACGUGUAUCCCAUGGUAAGGGAUUUCACCGCUAUUGGUACUGGAGGUGAUGAAUUUGUGCAAGCCAUGGUGGAGGCUGUGGAGGCUGUAACUGAAAGCCCCGUGCCCAAGGUGACGAAGAAAAUGUCUGCCAAAGGGAAGUAUGUUUCUGUUAAGAUUGGUGUUACGGUGACUUCUAGUGAGCAGGUCAAGGCUGUGUAUGAUGCCAUGAGGAAGGACGUGCGAAUGAAGUAUUUCUUGUAGAGAUAGGCUGAAGGUGCAGAAUUUCAUUUUUAUCUUUCAUGUUAGUUGAAUAUUUUUCACGAAAUUGAGUGCUACAGCGUGCGGAUGUCAAUCCUGCACUGUGGUGAUUGUUGCGGUGACCCUUCAAUGCUAAUUUUGUAAGGUCCUUGAAGUCCAAAUAUUCAGAACAGUCGCUGUAACAUUGUUUCAUGAAA